CUAGAUUCCACAUUCAACCUUUACUCUCCAGAAUCUCGACAGUGGAUGAUCAAGUUUUGUAAAAACUUAUUGAAACAAAACUUCAUCGAAGAAUCAUUCGCAAAAACUGCAAAAUGUAGCAUUGAAAUUAUGGAAGAAAUGAUUGCAAUGGAUUGUUCCGUCCCAGGUGCUGUUCCAAAAUGCUGUGGCCAUAGAUUCCCUGUAAAUUCUACAAUAUUCAAAUAUUGUUUACCUAGGCUCUGGAAGUUUACAACAAAAAAUGUUGGACAGCCUUAUUUUGACAGCUCAAAUCAUGCGCCUGUUUAUUACUUAAGUGUCCAGACUAAUCAACCAUUUGUAAAUGCUUUUGAUCAAAUGGAUAAACUGUUCACAGAAGCUGACAAAUUUGUAAAAAAUGAAAUUGCAACUGCCCCAAAAGGUUUAAAUAAUGGCUGGCUUGCUGGAUUUUUUGAUUUUUACAGUUUACAAAGUUCUAUUGCAUCAGGGACUUACACCACAAUGGGUAUAGCCAUCGGUGUUGCUUUCAUUGUUAUGCUUCUGACCUCACUCAAUGUGUUUAUCACUCUGUACGCUAUUGUAGCAAUCACAUUUGGUAUAGCAGCAACAGUAGGUGUAUUGGUUCUUCUUGGUUGGGAACUGAACAUUUUAGAAUCAAGCAUUAUAUUUCUUUCGGUAGGAUUCUCAAUUGAUUUCACAAUACAUUAUGGAGUGGCAUAUCGCUUCUCACAAGGAACCAAUAGAAUAACCAGAGUCACGGAUUCAUUCCAUAUGAUUGGUUCAGCUGUUGCUAUGGCAGCAUUUACAACAUUUAUCGCAGGUGCAGCAGUUAUGCCAGGACGGAUAUUAGUCUACAAAAGACUAGGUAUCUUUUUAAUGUUAGUGAUGAGUGUUAGUUGGAUUUACGCUACAUUCCUUUUCCAGUCUUUAUGCAGGAUAAUUGGUCCUUUGGGCAACUUUGGAAGUUUAACUAUGUGUUGGACAAAGACAAAGGUGUCCGAGAUAGUGAAUAAUCAUUUUCAAUCUGCAUGGUUUUUUGCAAGAGAACCCGAAAUUAUGAAAAAUGAGAAAAGAGAAACAGAACAACCCAAUAUACCACUAUUGUAUACUACGGAAUAUCUAACAAGUCUAUGAUAUUUUACAAUUUUAGUUACAAUCCUAGAGGCUUACAAUCAUAGUAUAAUCAAAAUGUGUAUUCACUUCGUAUGAUAACCCACAGUAUUAAUUAUAUAGCCAAUUCUUGUAUCAAUGUAUGUAUAUGAAUU